AUGCCACGCUUACCCGUGCUCAUCCCGCUACUGCUUCUGUUGCUGCCGCCGCUAGCCCCGGGCCUCCGGCUCCUGGGCGCGGGAGGCCGGCGCCCCGAGUGCGGUCCGUGCCGGCCAGAGCGCUGUCCAGCGCCCGUGCGCUGCCCCGAGCCGGGAAUUCCAGCACGCGACGAGUGCGGCUGCUGCGUGCGCUGCUUGGGCGCGGAGGGCGCGAGUUGCGGGGGGCAGGCUGGCGCGCGCUGUGGCCCCGGGCUGGUGUGCGCGAGCCGCUCCGCAGGGGCGGCGCCCGAGGGCACCGGGCUAUGCGUGUGCGCGCAGCGCGGCGCCGUCUGCGGCUCCGACGGCCGCUCCUACCCCAGCGUCUGCGCGCUGCGCCUGCGCGCCCGGCACGCGCCCCGCGCGCACCCCGGCCACCUGCGCAAGGCGCGCGACGGCCCCUGCGAAUUUGCUCCUGUGGUCGUCAUCCCACCCCGGAGUGUUCACAACGUCACUGGGGCCCAGGUGUACCUGUCCUGUGAAGUGAGGGCUCUGCCUCCCCCGGCCAUCACAUGGAGGAAGGUCACACAGUCUCCUGAGGGCACCCAGGUGCUAGAGGACCUGCCUGGGGACCACGUCAACAUAGCUGUGCAGGUGCGAGGGGGCCCUUCCGACCACGAGGCCACAGCCUGGGUUUUGAUCAAUCCUCUGAAAAAGGAAGAUGAGGGAGUGUACCAGUGCCAUUCAACCAACACGGCUGGGGAGGCCCAGUCGCACGGCACGGUGACAGUUAGCGAUCUGAAUGCGUACAAAGCCCCCUACUUCCCAGCUCCAGAUGACCGCAUGUGAUGGAGGUCUUAGAAACAUUGAUCACAGGAUGAUGGAAAGUUAAGUCACGGAUUGUUUUGCUUUGUGAAGAGCUGGGAAAGCUGUAUGUAGAUGACCCCUUUUGUAUGUUCUUAAAAAUUAGACACAAACUAGCUUCAUAUGCAGAUGUAGUUUUUAGCAGGGAAAACACUGGGGAAACAGGCUGCAUGUAGCUUUUUUAUACCUUUGAAAUGAAUUGCUCUGUGAGGAUUUUUUUUGAACUACUCCCUCCCUGGGAAGAUCACUUCGUGGUAUGUUUGUACUUCUAAAGGGCUGAAUGAGGCAUGUGUCAGCUGUGACUCUACCUCAUUUUUGUGUGGCUGAUUAGUGGAUCUUUGUGACUUUGUGUUGUAGGAGGAAGGAGGGUGUUUCCUCUGUCCUCUGCCUGACCUGUAACUUGCUGUGUGACCUGGACAGGUUGCUUUCCUCUCUGGGCCUUGGUCUCUUCACCUGUGACUGUGGCAUUUGGACCAGAUGUUAUCCAGUCCCUUCGAGCCCUGCCAUCCUAGAGUAAGAUGGCCCUAUUGAAAAACUAUGGGAAGUGUGGUCUUAACGUUCUUUUUAAAAUGGUAUUCCCUCAAAAAUAAAUGCCAUCGCUUCAUUAGAGGGUAUGGACAACUGGCUAUAUAUUCCUUCUGUUUUCCCAUUUUAAAGAGAUCUAGUCCCAGAUGGGACACUUCACCAGACUCGCGCCCCUUGGCUGGGCAUUUGGGAACCAAGAUAUCCACUUGUUAACAAGCCCAGCAUUCUCUAACUGGAUGGGCAGUGGAGACCUGACUUCUGGACAUCAAAUUGUCAAAAUGGGGUCAGAUGUGCUCUCUAGGCUAUGGAAUGAGAGUGCAGUAGAAUAUGUUUUACUUAGAGAUGUUUUGACCUUACCCAGGAAUAAGGCUCUCUUUCUUUUUUCUUUUCUUAAUGAAGAAAGGAGGAGAAUAUUUAAUAUCUGGGCUAAAAAAAAAAAAAAAUCCCCUAGAUGAUUAACAUUUUUUUUUAAGUCAGAAUUGGGAUCUCACGUGUCGCUAGCCCUUAAAGUUCAUGAAGUACUUUUCCCCCUGUGGUCACUUCCCAACUCCAGGACAGCAGGCAGGGUGAGGAUUAACGUCCCUCCCCCUUUACAGGUGAAGAAACCAGGCUCCGAAAGCACAGCACUUGCCCAGGGUGUGAAGGCCUCUGGGAAGGACCAGAACUCAGGGCGCCUGGCCUUCCUUGGCUCCUUUUCCACAGCGUGUGCCACUUCUCAGGAUCAUCUCAUAACUGUGUAAGGAGCACGCUGCCAAUCCACAGGUUCCGGGAUUCCUAUCCAGGCCCAUCACGACUUUUAAAGCUCAUCCUCGUGCUGCCCACGGUGGGCAUGACAUUUUGGGGUGCUUUUUGGAAUUGCAUUUUCUGUCUUUAAGGCUGGCUGGCUCAGCUCUUAAGUACUGGGUUGGCAUCACCCUGACAUACUACACCGCAGGAGGCUGGCCUGGGAAUCCAGAAACAUGAGGUCCAUAGGACCUGCCCACAUCCUUUCUGGAUUCAGCACUCCUACCCCUCUCCCAGCUACCCCACGAUGGUUUCUUUAUCCAAGGUCUGCAGUUAAUUCCUCCGUGAUUUGAUGGUUGAUAAGACACUUGGUGAAACUGUGUCAGGAGGAAUAGGGAUGCUCACGCCUCGGAGAAGGCUCACACAUCUGCUAAUAAGCACAUCUAGCAAAAUCAGUUGAAUCCGCUCAAAUUUGCCCGAUCAAAAUUGGACAGCUGGAUCUGUAGACCCAGAGAGCAGGGUAGACGGAGACCUGUGGUGACAGAGCUGAGCAUCAAGACUGCAUGAGGCUGGGGAAGCAUCAUAACUGUGUGAAAAAGUACUAAUAAUAAAUGUUACACUGUCUGAAAUUUUCACCAAAACCAAAAACAUGAUUGUUCCAACCUAAUGACUUUUCAGUGGUGAGAGCCCCAAGAUUGCUGCAGAGGCUUAGAGGGCGUGUGCUGUGGCCGUUACCAUUUGGAAACAGGGUCCCCAAAGCCUGUGUUUCCUACCCUGUUUUCAGAGAUGUGAUGAUGUCACCUGACCCCUGCACCCUGAAAAUAAAUGUUUUGU